AUGGCUGCAGUGAAACUUUUCCAGCAGCUUCUCCUUGUAGGCUCCCUACUGAUAUUGGUGAGCCACCAACUGAAAAGUGAGGAAGAUUAUCAACAGCAAGAGAUCAAUUUUCUGCUCCUGUUGUCUUUUGAAAUUGAGGAUCCGACUCCAGAACAGCCGUGGUUUAUUGAUGGGCCGAUGAAUCUUCCAGCAGCAGAGCUAGCAGUGGAGCAAAUAAACCAGAGAUCAGACCUUUUGGCAGGCUACAUGAUCAACAUGGCUGUUGCAAACUCUGCCUGCAACCUCUUAGGACAUACAGCAGUCAACUUUGUCUCGUCAUUCUUCCACAGUGGUGUAAGGAGGCGUUACCACCAACUUACUUUUCCAACAUACCAAUUUGUGCUUGCUGGAGUUCGAUACUCUUACUUUAAUCACCCUACAAGUUUUACACUGAACCAUCGCCACUAUGUGUGUUCUGUUGAAGACAUUACUCAAGUCAUGAAGGGAUUUCUGUUGACACAUCUACAACUUGCUGGGGAUGGCGUCACUGAGAUGGUCUCCGGUGGAACAUAUGCCGAGUAUUUUCGAAAGUACCAGGCAAGGGUGAAUGGCUCAACCACAGAAUGGGCCAACCCAGUCUAUGAUGCAGUGUGGUCUCUUGCACUUGCUCUCAAUAGUUCAAUACCGAGACUUAAUGAGAUAGGUGUGGACUUGAGUAACUACACCUAUGGUCAGAAAAAAGCAACUGACAUCAUCCUCAAGGAGGUAGUGAAACUAAGUUUUGAGGGAGCAUCAGGACAUGUAUCCUUCCAUAAGAAAAAUGGGUACACCAGUGCAACAGUUUCACUUGAGCAGGUGGUGAACAACGCCAGUGUUGUUAUUGGCUACUAUGAUGAGGACAAAAAGCAGCUGCUGAUUGUGGGAGAUAUUUGGACAGGGAUGUUCGAAUUUACCACCUCAGACCUGGAGAGAAUUACUCAUGACAAUGUUAUCGAG